AUGGCCGCGGGAGCCGGGACGGCGGGCUCCGCUUCCGGCCCGGGCGUCGUGCGUGACCCAGCGGCGUCACAGUCGAGGAAGCGUCCCGGCAGGGAGGGCGGGGAGGGCGCGCGGCGAUCAGACGCGAUGGCGGGAGGAGGCGGGAGCAGCGACAGCAGCGGGCGGGCGGGCGGCAGGCGGGCGUCCCGUAGUGGCGGGCGGGCUCGGCGGGGGCGCCACGCGCCGGGGCUUGGGGGCGCCGCAGAGCGCGGCGCGGGGGAGGCGCGGCUGGAGGAGGCGGUCAACCGCUGGGUGCUCAAGUUCUACUUCCACGAGGCGCUGCGGGCCUUUCGGGGUAGCCGGUACGGGGACUUCAGGCAGAUCCGGGACAUCAUGCAGGGUGAGGGCCGGCCCUGGGGAAGGAGGCUGGGGGCUCCUGGGAAGGGGAUCUGUGCACACUCCCCCCGCCCCCACGUGUCGCGGCUGGGGGUCGCCGAGUCAACGAUGUCUUCUUUCCCAGCUUUGCUUGUCAGGCCCUUGGGGAAGGAGCAUACCGUGUCUCGGCUGCUGCGGGUUAUGCAGUGUCUGUCGCGCAUUGAAGAAGGGGAAAAUUUAGACUGUUCCUUUGAUAUGGAAGCUGAGCUCACACCACUGGAAUCAGCUAUCAAUGUGCUGGAGAUGAUUAAAACGGAAUUUACACUGACAGAGGCAGUGAUCGAAUCCAGUAGAAAACUGGUCAAGGAGGCUGCAGUCAUUAUUUGUAUCAAAAACAAAGAAUUUGAAAAGGCUUCAAAAAUUUUGAAAAAACAUAUGUCCAAGGACCCUACAACUCAGAAGCUGAGAAAUGACCUCCUAAACAUUAUCCGUGAAAAGAACCUGGCCCACCCUGUGAUCCAGAACUUCUCCUAUGAGACCUUCCAGCAGAAGAUGCUGCGCUUCCUGGAGAGUCACCUGGAUGACGCAGAGCCCUACCUCCUCACGAUGGCCAGAAAGGCUUUGAAAUCGGAGUCCUCCGCCUCAGCCACAGUGAAAGAACCACAACCUCAGCCAGCACCAGAGCCUGUGGAAAAGCCACUCAGAGAACCUGCCAGGCAGCUACAGAGCACACCAACCACCAUUGGGAUUAGGACUCUGAAAGCAGCUUUCAAGACUCUGUCCAGUGCACAAGAUUCUGAGGCAGCCUUCUCAAAACUGGACCAGAAGGAUAUGGUCUUUCCUAAUAAAGUGUGCCCGCCAUCACCAGCCCUCAAAAACAAGAGAACAAGAAAAGAUGAUAAUGAAAGUUCUGUCCCCGCUGAGGGUGAGGGUGGCUCUGAACUGCAGCCCAAGACCAAGCGCAUGACAAUAAGCAGACUGGUUUUGGAGGAGGACAGCCAGAGUACUGAGCCGAGCUCAGGCCUCGACUCUUCCCAGGAGGUCACACCGGCAUCACCAUCCAAGCCCACUGUCCUCAACCAACCCCUCCCUGGGGAGAAGAAUCCCAAAGUACCCAAAGGCAAGUGGAACAGCUCUAACGGGGUUGAAGAAAAAGAGACUUGGGUGGAAGAGGACGAACUGUUUCAAGUUCAGGCAGCACCAGAUGAAGAGAGUGCAACCAAUACAACAAAAAAGCAGAAGUGGACUGUAGAGGAAAGUGAGUGGGUCAAGGCUGGAGUGCAGAAGUAUGGAGAAGGAAACUGGGCUGCCAUUUCUAAAAACUACCCAUUUGUUAACCGAACAGCUGUGAUGAUUAAGGAUCGCUGGCGGACCAUGAAAAGACUUGGCAUGAACUGAAACAGGCUUUCAUUUCCACAGAAUUCACAGGAGCAUGGUUCCUAAUAAUAGCCCCUGGUAGUCUGCUGUUUCUUUCAGAAGCUGGGCUGGGAUGAGAAUUUUGGGCAUCCUCCUCUCAUGUGGGGGAGGUCCCAGUUCCACUUCAUCACAGUUGGAGAUCAUGGAGCUGAGAAACAAAGCCAAGUCCACCCCAUGUCCUUGGCAGAGAUGACAGGCACAUAGCUUGUACAGUGCCAGAAUACCAUUAGUAUUUCCCUUCUUUAGUGGUUUGCUUGAAUUUAAAUCCCUGGUAAUCAGUAGAACCUUCUCCUAGGAAAUGGUGGAGUCUGUUAGGAGCCACUUUCGACUCCAUGACCUGUUAAAACCAGCAACAUGAGCAUUAUUUGGAGUGAACUUCUUCCAGGUAAAGCUUUGGCCUUCUGAUGCAAAUGCAAAGGAACUUCAACUGUCGUGAGCCCAGGUUGAUGAGAGACCAGUCCUGGUGGAAUCAGAGUCCCUUUAAACAUUGUUCAGCCAAUUGUGACAUCGACACCUAGAAACGUGACUGCCUUGGCAUUUGCUCUAUUUGCUGGCCUCCGUAGGCAGGUUUAACCUCCACUUCUCACGUGGUUGAACCAGUGUGUUUUUUGGUAAAAUGGUGAUUGUAGAUAAGCUUAGCCCCUGUCCCCAUCCACUCUUCCCAAUUCCCUUCUUUAUGCUGGACUUUUAAAGCUUAAAAAAAUCCUGAUUAAGUAUAAAUGCCUAAUUCCAUUCUUUGUGAAAUGGUUGCUUCCGCCUGGUUCCCUAAUUGUGCUGUGUUAGUGUCUUGCACUGGAAUUCAACAUUCCCUUCUCCUUUUGUACUGUGUUGUGCUUGCUGUCUCUCAGAUCCUUAAAGACUGUCUUUUUAGCAAAAAAAUAAUUUCAGUAAAGUGUUUUCUGUAAUCUUUUUUUAAAAUGAGAACUAAUUAUUGUCCAUAACUUGUAGCAUUCAUUAAAGUCUUGCUUCUCUCAAAUUUAAGUAGCUGUUUAAUUGCAGCUGAAAAAACAGAGAUAGCAAAAUGCUGAACAAGCUUUGGUAAAACCUGCUGUUUGUGUUAAGAAACUAAUGUCAAACUGUAUUGAAUGUUCUAAUCCUUAGAAGCUGUGCCAUACAGACAUGUGGAAGUUCUUCUUAAUCUGUCUCAUUUCUUCAUAUACCAUACCUCUGAGGACAAAAGAAUUUCCUUUUGUCCAUUUCUUUUGACAAAGCAAAUGUUAAAAGUUUAAAAAUUCAUCUUGCAGUUAAAAUUUGGAAACUUUGUACAGCUUUAUUACCUAUUACUACAUGUUUAGGGGUUUGGUACUGCUGUUUUUCUAACAGUUAACCCCAAAUUAAACUAGUAAGAAGGUGAG